AUGGGCUGUCACUCCAGCAAGAGCACGGAGGUGGUAGAAGAGUACCAGAAGCCUGGAGACCAGCCUGAGGGAGAGGAACCUAAGCCAGAGGCUGGCAUAGAGGCUGCAGAUCACAAGGACGCUUCGCUGAAGGAGGGAGCUCCUGAGCAGAAGAGCUGA